GCGCAUUGCUGUGGGGCGUGGUCAGGGGUUGGACACAGUGCUGGGGGCGUGGCCAUAGAGGGGGCUAGGCCGAGAGAUGAGAGCACACGAGGGGCGUGGUCACCGAUUAGGCCACGCCCCUGCCAUAGGCCAACAGGUACACUGAGGGGGCGUGGCCAAGAGCGGAGGACACGGCUACGGGGGCGUGGUUACAGAACCUGGGCGUGGCCGAGAGCUGAGGGCACUGGUGCGGGGGGCGUGGCCUCGUGCCGGGGGCGUGCCCGGGCGCGUCCCGGCUCCGUGCGGCUCCGCACGCCCGCGGCCGCCGCUGCCCGCACGUAGGCGCCGCUUCCAGGGGCCGGUUCUGCCGGCACUGGGGGCUCCAGCGGCGGCGGCGGCAGCACCCGCGGAGCCAUGGCCGGGGACGAUGGCUCCUGGGUGGAGCUGCGGUGUGGCCCGGGGUGCCCGGAGCCCGAGCCCCUGCCGUCGCAGUUCUCCUCCUGCCACGCCGACGUGGAGCGGAUGCUGCUGGAGGCCCAGCUGGAGACAGAGAGCGGCGAGGGUGCCCGGCUCCUGCUGGCAUCCCCAGCCUGGCACGGCGACGGAGCCGGUGCGGCCAGUGAGCACCCAGGGCACGGUGAGACGGUAAGGGAGCUGGAGCCGCGCACCGUGUCCUGCACCGAGCCCUGUGCUGAGCCACCCCUCGCCCGCUGCGAGGAGGACGAGUGGAGGGUGCGACGCCUGCCAGCAUCGCUCGCCUGGGCUUGUGCCCGCCGCCCACAGCACCUGUCACCCAAGGAGCUUGCCUUCGUGUGCUCCCCGCGGCCGGUGCCGUGGAGCUUGCCAGGAGGAGCAGUGGAGAGGAAGAAGAGGCUCUUCAGCUCGGAGCUGCUGCUGCUCUUCAUCCCCUCGCUGCUGCUCAGCCACCUCCUGACCCUGGGCUUGGGGAUCUACAUUGGGAAGCGGCUGGCAGCCUCCUCGGCAAACCCGCUGUGAAGAGCUGGGCUCCGCAGGCGGCCGGCUCCGCAUCCCGCUGGCUCCAUGUCCCGCUCUCCGCCCAGCGUGGAGGGAGCCUGGCACAGUCCCACGGCUCCCAGGCUCCACAUUUGCAGCACGAGGUGCCGUCUCCCCUGUCCCUCCUUGAGCCCCAGGAGGGAGCCAAUCCCGCCUUGGGAUCUGAUCCCACUCUGGGAGACGAUCCUGCUCUCCUGCAUAGCCAGGAUCCCACGGCAGGCGGUCCCUGCCCUCCCUACCCCUCGGUUCCGGGUCCAGGUUCUUCCUCUUUAACCCAGGACUGUAAAUACGGCUCCGACUCCGGAGCCUGCACCGCCGUGUAUGAAUAAAGA